UUUAUGAGUCUACAAGAGUAUAAAAGGGUUUCCUGCUAUGGCUUGGUCACAAUCAAGUUGUUCUACCUAACAUUAAAAAAUGUGCGGCAAAAGUUGUUUGAUCAUCUUAUGCAUGUUUAUUGCCACAGAGUUCGUGGCACAUGCGCAGUUAUCCUCAAAGAAAAGAAAAAACCAAUGCGAGUUUGAACAACCUGAUUGUGGAUUUUGUGGUAAACGUAUUAACGUCACUCUGAUAGCCAGAAACACAAUUAGGGAGCCGUUGUUUGAAGUGACUGCAGACGUUACCAGAGUCCACAAGAGAGAGCUGCUGUCUUUUCUUGAAAUAGCUGCUCAGACAGCCAGUGAAUUUAAAUUUGUUGUGAGCAAUGCGGGCAGUGGCUACCAAGUCGAGUCCAUUAAUGGACUGCCAAGAUCUAACGAGGAACAGUGGCAAAUUUUGUCUAACGAUAUUCCUUUGGAGUGUGGUGUGAGCAACUAUAUUACCAGAAGUGAUGACACCAUUGUGUUUAAUUUUACAUCAACAUUACAAUAAAGGCUCUCGUUGGCAGCAGACAAGACCAUAAAUAAAUAUCUUUUUACAUUGUUUCAAAAUUGCUCCCUACAAACAACUGAUAUUUUUAUGAUAUCAGUUACUUAAUUUUGUAUGUUAAGAUAUAAUUUUUAAAAAAUCAUUCCUUAAUGUAGAUAAAGAGAAUCCAUUAGGAAUUGCUAUUAUGAAUAAAGAUAGAAGGAUAGAUAUGAUUAUACAUAGAGAGAUAUGACGUAAUUUAGAUUAUUCAACAAAGUAUUAAUUGUGUAAAUAUAUUGCUUCACAGUAAUUGAUUAUAUGACAAUGACUGUAUUUUAAACUCUCUCUCUAUCUUUGUAUAUAUAUAUAUAUAUAUAUAUAUAUAUAUAUAUAUAUAUAUAUAUAUGUUGUAUUAUUUUUUUAUGAUUCUAAACAUAAAAUAUUUUAAACUUGUUAUAUCUAGCAAUUAAUGCUAAAAUAUACAAAAUAAAUAUUAAAUGCUUGAAAUCUUUUAAAGCCUUUUAUUAAUUUUUUUUUAAAUCCACAAUUCAAUUAGAAAUACAUACCAUGAAAUUUCUUUUUUAAAAAGUUAAUCAUAACAUAUAGCAAAAUAUGAUCAAGUAUAAUAAAUCAUUAUAAAAUCUUCAAUAAAAAAAAUUAGUUAUAUAAUUUUAAGUAUUCUACAAAAAAGGUUAUUCUAUUUAUCUUUUUAAAAAAACACAAUAUGAAAUUUAUUAAAGAUAUUAAAAUAUCUUUAUAUCCUGAGUAUGAUUAACAAGGUUUUGAGCAAAUGGAUAUUAUCAAGCAUUAACAUAAUUAUAGUUUAAAUAUAUACACAAUACAUUUACUGAUAAUAUUAUCAUACACUCUUGUAUUACUACAAUACAAACAAUCCAACAUAAUUUGUGUAGGCCAAAAGAGAUAGAUAAUAAAUAUACUAAUUUGUUGAAUAGGAUAUUUGAACUUUCUAACAAAUUAUUAUAAGACUUUUUAACAAAUAUAACUUGGUUCAUGAUAUGUAUGUUUACCAGAUCCUGUUAAUUGUGUUGAUCAAACAAAAAAAACACUGGACGUAAAGACUUUCCCGCACAUGUUUGGACAUACCCAACUUAGGGACAGGGUAAUUCCUAAGUUGAACCAGUACAUGUCCAGGGUGAGGUGGAAAGGCCAGUAUGAGUUUGGUACAGAUUUUAUACAGCAGUACAGUUAUCUAUCUAUUGCCUAUUGUACUGUAUUGAUUGUGAUUUAUUAGAGAUCAAAGUGUUAUGUUAUUUCA